UGAGCAGCUACAACUAUGGCGAUGCAUUCGUGGAUAAUAGCAGCAGUUGCCCUGCUGGUGGUGCAGUCUAGCCAGGCGGAGGAGCCCAUUUAUCGUUUGUGUGUGCCUCAAAUCUAUUUUAAGGAAUGCCAACAGCUAUUGGCCGAUCCCUCGGAGGCUGGCAUACGUAUGGAGUGUGUGGCUGGACGGGAUCGUGUCGAUUGUCUGGAGAUGAUUGAGCAGCGCAAGGCCGAUGUUUUGGCCACUGAGCCCGAGGAUAUGUAUAUGGCCUAUCAUCGUAAGAACGAGGAUUAUCGUGUGAUUUCUGAAAUUCGCACUCAACAGGAUAAGAAUGCCGAAUUCCGUUAUGAGGGCAUCAUUAUGGUUAAGAAAUCCUCACCCAUACACAAUUUGCAACAGUUGCGCGGUGCCAAAUCUUGCCACACCGGCUUCGGUCGCAAUGUUGGCUACAAAAUUCCCAUUACCAAAUUGAAGAAUACCCAUGUCCUUAAGGUCUCAGCUGAUCCGCAAAUAUCGGCCACGGAACGUGAAUUGAAAUCCCUUUCCGAAUUCUUUUCGCAAUCUUGCCUCGUGGGCAACUAUUCGGCUCAUCCCGAGACGGAUCGUCUGCUAAAGAAGAAAUACUCUAACCUGUGUGCUCUAUGCGAGAAGCCAUCGCAAUGCAAUUACCCGGACAAGUUUAGUGGCUAUGAUGGUGCAAUUAGAUGUCUGGAUAAGGGUCAGGGUGAAGUGGCCUUCACCAAGGUGCAGUUCAUUAAGAAAUAUUUCGCAUUGCCCGGUUCCAGUUCACCCGAAACUCCUGCCGAGGGCAAUCCCGAUAACUUUGAGUAUCUCUGUGAGGAUGGCACUCGUCGUCCCAUUACCGGACCCGCCUGCUCCUGGGCCCAACGCCCCUGGAGCGGUUACAUUUCCAACGAGCAGGCCGUCCACAAUAACGAACAGCUCCAUCAGCUGCAGAAUCGUUUGGAGCGCUUCUUUGAGAAUGGUUUGCAUGCCCAGAAUCAUGAGGCGGCCGCCCAUUUACUCAUCCAGCCGAAUGCAGUGUAUCACAGCAAAAAGGAGGCCAUCGAUCCAAAAGUGUAUCUAGAGCGUGCUGGCUACAAGGAUGUGAUUGAGCGUGAUGGCAGUGCCAUACGCAAGUUGCGUUUGUGUGUGCAGACCGAUGAAGAGUUUGCCAAAUGUCAGGCCCUCCAUCAGGCCGCCUAUGCUCGCGAUGCCCGUCCCGAGCUCGAGUGCGUUCAAUCCACCGACUGUAUUGAGGCCCUGAAGGCCAAAAACGCUGAUUUAGUUAUCGUUCCAGCCAAGGGUUAUGCCGAUGCACGUGAGAACAAACUUGUGCCCCUCGUCUAUGAGCAACUGGAUGAGCAGGAUGUUUAUGUUGCUGUCGCUCCGCCAACUCUCAAUCGUGAAGCUCUACAAAAAGCCCCAAUCAAUUACGAUGCGAAUAACGAACGUUCCCGUCUGUCGGCUGCUCUUCUCAACAAGAGACGUGGCUUGGAUUGGUGUAAGAAUGUGGCCAGUACCGAGCAACAGCUACUUGUUGUUCCGGCCAAGGAUUUGGAACAGCAUAAGGACUGGCAAUUGGUGUGCCCCACCCUGGAGCGUCGUCCCGUCACCGAUUAUCGUACGUGCAACGUUGAGGUUCAGUUGCCACGCGCCAUUUUUGUUCACUCUGAUGCCACGCCUGUGGAACAGGAGACUGUGAAGCAUUUGUUCUCACUGAUUUCGGAUAAAUUUGGCGCCAGAGGCAAAUUGGUCGAUGUAUUCGCCCUCUUUGGCGAUUACCACAAGGAUGCCAAGAAUGUUUUAUUCAAUGACAAUAGCAUUCAGCUAGUUACUCAAUUGAGGGGAGAUUAUCAGAAUGAAGAAAUCUACAGUGAGCUCCAAUGUGAUGGCAAUAAAAUUGCCAAACAGUAAAUAUUUUGGCUGAUUUUCAAGCAUUAAAUAAAUCUUUUUGCGUUUUUGUAAAUUCCAAAA